UAAUAAUAAUAAUAGUAAUAAUAAUAAUAAUAAUAAUAAUAAUAAUAAUAAUAAUAUUAAUAAUAAUAAUAAUAAUAAUAAUAAUAAUAAUAAUAAUAAUAAUAAUAAAUGUUCGAAUUUCGUGUGUUCCGUCGUCGUUGUUCGUUUUCGAUUAGGGCGAUGAUCGGUAUCGGAAAACAUCAGGAGUAUCAUACGAUCGUACACGUACAUAUACAUAUAUUUUAUCUCAGAUUGUGUAUUUAACAUGACAAAGAAUGUUUAAGAAAAGAGAUACUCGUACGUGUUCCAUUAUUUACAAUUUUACGGUGUGCAUGGGCGAAAGAUAAAGUACGUAUGUAUCUACGAGAGAAAGAGAAAUGUUAAAAAGAAAGGAGAAGGAAUAAAAAACAAAGAAAGAAAAAGAUUGAAAAAAAGAAAGAAAGAGAGAGAGAGAGAGAGAGAGAGAGAAAGAAAAAAAAUUUCUUUAAAAGUGUCAACACGCGUUAAAGUGUGCUUAGUUUACUUUUACUUACAUCUCGUCGAUCGUGAUCAGGUUAGUUUAAAACGCAAGUGUUUUCGAAAAUUUAAUCUUUAAACUCGCCAUUUUAUUUUUCCUCCCUCGACUCGUCGCUAUUGUACAGUGCGAUUUUCUUUUUUUUUUUUCUUUUUUCGAAUGUCGAUCGAUCGAUUAUUCUUAUCGAGAAUGAACGUUCAAAUCGAACGACGUGUAAAAAUGGCGAGAGAGGAUCAUAAGAGUCGAGAAACAUGAGCCAGUGAUGUAAAGGAAUAAGUAUAGUUUUGUAAUGUGAAAGAAGAAAAGAAAGAAAGAAAGAAAGAAAGAAAAAAAGAAAGAUAAAAAAGAAAGAAAGAAAGAAAGAACGAGCGAAUGGAAAAGGACAAAUGCACAAAAGCCGUACCUUCCUUUUUCCCCCCUACGUGGGAGACCUAUGUAACCGAAUGUCUUCAUUAAAGUGCAAGAGACGCAUAUACAAGGAUUACAAAGAAAAGAAGAAAGAUAAAUAAAGAAAUAUAUAUAUAUAUAUAUAUAAUAUAUAUAUAUAAAUAUAUAUAUAUAUAUAUAUAUCGACUGCUAGAUUACCUCGCAGUCACACAAAUGUUACAUUGUCUCUGCUGUUCGUCUAUCAUACAUACAAACAUAUAUACAUAUAUACAUACAUACAUAUAUACAUAUAUACAUACAUACAUCAUACACAUAUAUACGUACAUACGUACAUACAACAUACAUACAUAUGUACACAUACACAGCAGUUCCACACCGAUGUAUUUAUUGUAUCUAAUGAAAAAAGAAUAUGAAAAGAAAAAAGUCGCGCCGAUGUCAUUUUUGUACUCGCUCGUACAGGGACCUUUGACCUCAUUUUAAAAUGUCACUAAAAUUUCAUUUAAUUCGUCCUCGCAGCUGAUUAAUAACGGGCCUUCACGUGGGAAUAUGUCCUAUCUGGGUUAAGCACGUACGCUAACUAAUAAGGUAAGAGCCUUUGAUAAGUGGCUCCACCACCGACCGUUAAAAAAAGCGACCGCUUGGAAUAGGAUAUUAAAGAUCUUGGUGCUGUGCCUGUCGGAAAACAUCGUUGCUUCGUGUCUCUUCAAGUUCAAAAAAAAGAAAAUCGUUUAAUAUCUUUCCGUAUUUAUUAAUUUUUUCUUUUUUUUUUUUUUUUUUUAGAUUUUAUUAUAUCAAUCAUCCUCUAAUCAAUUUAAAAUCGUCUUAUUAAUAAAUAUAACAGUUUCGCGACAAAACCGGAAAAAGACAUUAUGUCAAAUAACGAUCGAUUGAUUAAUUAAUUAUUUACGAACGAUCUGUCACAUCAAAUGGAAAAUAUGGAUGAACAUUUCUUUCUUUUUUUUUUUCUUUUUUUUUUUUUUUCGAGAAUCUUAAAAAAACAUCCUACGCGAGCAUCGUGUUGGGAUAAAAACUCUGUCGAAGUAAAAUAAAUGUGCUUUUGUUAUAUAACCUCUCGUUCGUUUUUAAUCGACCUUGACAUUAUACCAUAUACCUCUCUUCUCUCGUCAAUGUGCAAUUCGAUAUGCUUAUACGUCAACCAUGUAACUUUUUCUGGAGCUAUUUUUUCUUCAAAGCGUGAAUCCGAUACUCGUCCAUUUUAAUCUGGAUAUUAAUCCGGUUAAUUGUUUUUAUCCAAGAUGGGAGGAGAAUUUAUUCUAUUUUAGAAAAAAUCGAUAAAACUGCGUUUUCCGGAGACACGAAAUUGAAAAUAGUAUAACGAGAAUGACCUUAACAACGGUCGGUAAGAUCAAUGCAUUAUUAUAUAAUAAUAUGUUUUAUAACUUUUAUUUUAUAAAUAUUAUAUUAGAAUAAAUAUAUCAUUUGCCAGAACCUUUAAACAGAUUCAAAACAUUUCAUAAUUAUUCUUUGUUUCACGAACAUUAUAGCGUACAUUUAUUUUAUUUAAAUUAACGAAAAAAUAUUAUAUAGUAUUGUCAUUUCUUUUUAUUUCCUACUAUAUCAACCAUUUUUCUACCAUACCGACUGUUGAAAAUUAUCGACGACAGAUCCAUAUUAAAAUUCUAUAAAUAAAAUUAAUACUAUUCCGAUAAUAUAUCGAUGGAACAUUUCCAAGAUUGCAUUUAUAUUGAACUAAGAAGUUUAAAGAAAGUUUCGUAAUAAACUAUCAAAAAUAUCUUUUAUAAAUCACAAUAAAAUAUCAGAGUACUUUAAAGUUUCUUCCAAAGGUAUCAUUCAUUCGAAAAUUAUCAUCAUUAUCGAAUGAAAACAAGGAAGGAGAAGGAACGAAGGAGAAGAAAUGAACGUAAAAGACGAGAAAGAGAAGAGGAAGAGAAGACUCGGGCGGAGUCGAGGUUGAGACCACCUCCAUGUGGUUGGAAUCAGCUACAUAGUGACCAAUGCCAAUACAACGUUCACGACCAUGCUCCCGUUUGGUUUGCCUUCGAGUCGAGAUGGUCUGGGACCAGUGCUGGUUUCUUAUCGAGGGGCCUCACGAAGAAAGGCGGAGUCAUCGUCUUUCCUUUUCUCCUUUCGAGAUCCAUAUCUAUCCAUCCUUGUCUUUCUCUUUCUCUUUCUUACCUUUUCCUUCAGGUUCUCGCUUGCCAGACUCCUCGAGACUUCGUUCAGCCUUUUGGCCAGUCCGAGUCGAGAGUCCGAAGCAAACAGGUCCUCCUCGUUGUCCUCUUCGGUCAUUAUCGGUCAUUUUCGUUUCUAGUUAAAAAAUUCGUUCGUUUACGCGAAAAACGGCGUAUCUUCAUCCGUGUUUCGGAUUUUUGGAGGAGGAAAAAGUAUUAAAAAAAAAAAAGUAAUAAUAAAGAAACAAAGGAAAAAGAAGAAAAAGAAGAAAAAGAAGAAGAAAAAGAGGGAACGUAAUUCGAGCAAAAAGAGAUCGAGUUUUCUUUUCUUUUUUUCUUUUAUUCUUGGAUCCGAAUAGUCUUUCGUCAUCGAUAAGUGAUCAUUCGAAGUUACUCCUUUUUGACAACAAUUCGACAGGGUGGAAAUAUAUUAUUUUUGUUAGUUUCCUUUGUUGUUAUUUUUAUUAUCCGACAGUAAUUCUACCACGGAAGAAGUGCACGGUGAACGUGAGAAAAUUAUUCCGGGUCCAAAAAUACGGGCCAGAUGGCGGUCAGAACGCUCAGUCAACAUCGAAUGCCGCCGUAUUUUACUGGAUACGCGUUUCAAGGACAAGGUCGCGUUAAUCAAUUAGGUGGAGUCUUUAUAAAUGGUCGUCCACUACCGAAUCACAUCAGACUGAAAAUUGUCGAGAUGGCGGCGUCCGGUGUAAGACCGUGUGUGAUAUCGAGACAGCUAAGAGUCUCUCACGGUUGCGUGUCGAAGAUUCUUAAUCGAUAUCAGGAAACCGGAUCGAUCAGACCAGGUGUGAUCGGUGGAAGCAAGCCACGAGUUGCCACUCCUGAAGUCGAGAGCAGAAUCGAAGAUCUUAAAAGACAAAAUCCAAAUCUUCUCAGCUGGGAGAUCAAGGAGAGACUAAUAAAGCAGGAUGGCGUUUGCGAUAAGGCAUCAGCGCCAUCGGUUUCGAGUAUCACCAGGCUACUUCGUGGUCCACCAAAUAAAAUUCGUCGCAUUGACGAUCUCGGAACGAACCAUUCGAUCAACGGAAUCCUCGGUGGAAGCGAUGGUGGAGACGAUUCCGAGACGGAAAGCGAGCCUGGCAUAGCUCUAAAGAGAAAGCAACGUCGUAGUAGAACUACCUUCACGGGAGAACAAUUGGAACAAUUGGAAGCAGUAUUCAUUCGAACUCAAUAUCCAGACGUUUAUACAAGAGAGGAGUUGGCUCAGAAAACGAAGCUAACGGAGGCUCGUGUUCAGGUGUGGUUUAGUAACAGACGAGCGAGACUAAGAAAACAGAUGAACAGUCAGCAAGCGAACGCGUUCAACACGAUGAGUUUACAAUCGUUUCAGAGUCAACACUAUGGUAGCGCAGCGGAGAGUUAUCAGAGUUACGGACAAGCAAGCGUUGCUGCGGCGGCAGCGACAACAGCUGCUUAUCCUCAGCACUACAACUACGGGGAAAACUAUUACGCUCAGCAGCAAUGGUCCAGAGCGACGGCCGAGAACUACGGAAUAUUCAACGCCUCUCACUAUGGUAGCAGCAAUUUAAAUUUGAGUAGCCUCGGUGGUAGCGUCAGUCCAACGGCCUCGAAUAUGAGUGCUUGCAUGGUACAGAGUGCGAGUUCCGCGGUGCCAGCAAGUACUGGUGUUGCUCAUCAUCAUGUUGCACCUCACAGUCCUGGCGAAGCUAAAAGUGGUUAUCCAUAUUUGGGUGGAAUCGACUCACAAGUUUGUGGAAGAGUACACGGCCCAGAUUUCGUCUUGUCGACUGGCAGGUCAAACGACUUCAAUGUUCCAGUAUCGCAGGCUCGAGGUACCUUAAACGGUUACACGAACGAGCCACUUGAUCAAAGCCAGCUUGCUUUCCUCAGCCGAAUUGGAAGUAACGUUGAAAAGCGAUAAAAUAUAUUUCUGAAAAUAAGUGUGCCUUAAUCUAAACUCUGUGCUUUAAAUAAAAUGAUCUUCGAUAAAAUCGAAAGGACAUAAUAGUAACGUGAAAACUUCGAAAUCACUGUACAUAUGUGUAAUUAUAUGUAAACGUAAAACAUUCGUACUUAAUAGAUAUCUACAUACGUGUAUUUGUGUACAACGUGUUGCCAGUGCAAAUGAUUAACGAAUUUAUCGAACAAUUUUAAAUAGACAAACAAAUUCGAUUUGUCGCUUGAAUAUUUUAUUAUUUUUCGUGAACAACGAGAAGACGUGCCUUGUUAACUUCUUGCCUUAAUGAUCGCCUUAAAUUAAUAUCGUAAGUAAUUUUUUAUUAAUAUUGCUAACCUAUUUAUAAAGCGUUAAGAGAUUAAUAUCAAUCGUAGGCGUUAUUUAAUAAACGAGAUUAAAUACGGCAAUAAUGUUAAACUUGAUACUAAAGAGAUUGCUAUCGUUAGUAUUUACUUGAUGAUUAUUUUAAACGAUUUAUUUAAUUGAACGUUAUAUAUAUAUAUAUACAUACACGCACACAUACACAAUUAUUGUACAUAAAGGAAAUUUUACGUAAUUCACAUAAGAAUAUUUUCAAUCGGUAGCUAUAGCUAUGCUGUAAAAAUCGACGUUAUGGAAUAAACAAAGCUUACAGUCCGCAA